CGAAUUUCUUUUCUUUAUAUAUAUAUAUUUUACUUUCUUUUAAUUAAUUUCCUUAGUUAAAAUGGUGAAGCUGGCGUCGGCUCGGGAGGUCCGAAUGUACGGGCCCCGGAUGGGCCGGAACCGGGCCGAAUACAUAAACGCGGGGCUCUACGUGUUCGCGACUGUAGUGCUGCUUGGUGGGUUUGUGGCUCAGCUGUCGAAGGCGCCCAAGUCGGGCCUGGUUCUGAUGCUCAUAGCCUUGGUCAUAAUCUUGGUGGUGAAUUUGCAUGAUCUGGUGGCCCACCUUGCCAUGUUCGACUACUCGAUGCCGUUGAUGGAGCUGGACCUGCAGCUGGCGCUCGUAGAGUUCGCUGUUCCGGUGAUUCAGGCUCUGGGCUCCGUCCUCUCAUUCUUGGGCAUUCUUUUCCUUCUAAUUCAGGCAGAGAAAGGGUAUGGCUACUCUAAGUUUGAGAGGCAUGCGAAGAACAUGCUUAUUGCUGGCCCUGUUUUGUGGUUGCUGGGUUCGAUCCACAACUCGUGCCAAAUCUAUGAGAGAGCGGAUGGGCAUGUCCAAAUCCUGCAACAGAGCGUGCACAUCCCCUUCUUGAUUGGCAGUGUGCUGUUCACAGUCGGUGCAAUUCUCAACACCCGAGAGCAACAUGAUUUGUUUCGUCAUGGCCUGCAGCUACUGGGUAGGAAUUGGGUGUGGUUGGGGACCGGUGGCAGCCUGAUGUUCCUGAUUGGAGGAUUGGCAAAUGUGGCGAAGGUGUUCAAGAUGCAACAGAUGAGUGAUGGGCUGAGGCUUGAGAAGCUGAGGGGAGGGGCACAAGAGCGGCUCGUUUAUGAAAGGGAAGGCCAUGUUCCCCUGAUCCUAGAAGAUCAACGGAGGAGAUCAAACAGACCAUCUUAUCACGAUGAUGAUCAUCAUCAUGUGGAACCAAGUGUAGCACCACCAGUACCUCCUACCCCGUACAAAGAUGGUCUUGUCGGUCCCACCACUUGAACACAUACUUCAUACUUUAUAGUAUAUGUUGGCUCUUGUGCUUCAAAGUUUUUUCUUUUCUUACCCUACUUUUUAUGUCAUAUCUUGUGCACAGAAACUGCAUAAAUUCAGUGAAAAGUGAAAGGGAUACUGCAUACCUCCUCCUUUGUAAAUGCUCUUCGUUCAUGAGAAUCACAA